GAACCCGCCCAGCGGAAUCAGCCACUCCCGCGAGCUCCGACGGGCAUGGACGCCGUCCGCUCCCUCCUCCUUGGCGCCGGCCUCACCCUUUCCACAGCCACUGUCGCCACCUCCAGCCCACACCUUCCACCGUCCGCUCUCUCUUGGACCGCUCGCCGCCGUUUCCUCCGCCUCGCCGCGGCCGCAUCACCUCCCUCGCCACUCUCCUAUGCUUCGACCAAUCCGCGUUGCUCCAGGUGGGCGGUGGUAAUGGACGAUCCUCCCGCGCCACAGGGAGGCGGCGAGGUGUCCCGCGCGGAGGCCGUCGACUACUACGUCGCCACACUGGCCAGGGUGCUGGGGAGUGAGCGGGACGCGCAGAUGUGCAUAUAUGAUGCUUCGUGGGAGGGGAGCUACGAAUUCUGCUGCGAGAUCGAUGAGGAAGCGUCAAAGGAGCUUGCAAAGUUGCCUGGGGUAUUGGCUGUUAGGAUGAUUAAUGGUGAUGCAUCAGAGAAGGAUAAUCUCAGCUCGAGCCUUUCACCAGCUAGCAUUGCAAGAUUCAGUGAUGCUGCUUCUAACUACUCUUCUUCUAGCGAGAAAAGUGAGUUUUGGCUUGUUCGAAUGGAUAAGCCUGGGGUUGAAGUUGUGACAAAAGCACAAAUGGUAGACCACUAUACCCGAAUCCUCAUGAAAGUGGUGGGGAACGAAAAGGAUGCACAAGUUAGCAUAUAUAAUGUAUCAUGGGAGAGGAAUUAUGGGUUCUGCUGUCAUAUUGACGAAGAAUGCGCAAAAGAGCUAGCGGAUGUUCCUGGAGUCUUAUCUGUUUCACCAGAUACAAAUUUUGGAUCAGCCAACAAAGAUUACAAAGGUGAUGAUAGCUUGAAAUCCUCAGAAGCUGCCCAGGUGUCUGAUAUCAAAACUAAAAGGCUCUUUGUUACAGGACUUUCAUUUUACACUUCCGAGAAAACUCUCAGGGAAGCUUUUGAGCCUUUUGGUGAGCUGGUUGAAGUCAAGAUAAUAAUGGACAGGAUAUCAAAAAGAUCAAAGGGGUAUGCCUUCAUAGAAUACACCACAGAAGAAGCUGGAGGUGCUGCUCUAAAAGCAAUGAAUGGAGAGAUAAUAAACGGCUGGAUGAUAGUUGUUGACGUUGCUAAAACCAAAUCAAGAGACCGUCAUACCCCAUCUGGUGCAUCCAGUUUUCGGCCACACUUCCAUACUAGAUGAAGCUUUCACAUGCAAAAUUUGACAGCUAGAUAUUAGCGACCAAGUGACUAAUAGUGGUGAACGUGGCAGUUCCAGGAUCCAUGUGCUCCUGUAAUGGUUAAGCUAGAUGAUAGUGAUUUCCCUUAAGUUGCCACUAGAUGUUUAGAUGCAGUUCAAGUGUAAAAGUACAUGAAAUUUACCAAAUCAGUACAAUAUUUUUC